AUGUUCCACGUAUUCGAUUUAGCAUCAAAUGAAACUAUAGCAACAGACGACCUGCAAGUUCAUGAAUUACAACCCACUCCAUCUUCAGACCAACAACAGAUUAAACUAAGAACAAUUUUGAAAACACUGAAAAGAAGUAGGACAGGAUGCCUUCAAUGUCGAGCGCGAAAGAAAAAAUGCAAUGAAGAACACCCAGUUUGUGGUUCAUGCAAACGUCGAAAAGUUAAUUGUAGUUGGAGAGUUACAUCUAGGUUCAAAAUUCUUGAAAACGGAACCAAGGUGAAUACCAAUUCUACUACACCAGAAAGAGUACGAGAGUCAGAUUGUACAGCAAUUAAUCAUCAAUCGAUAGACACUAACCUACUGGAUCAAACUAGUCUAGGAGAAUGUGACCCGGAAUCAGAUAAUACUGAUAUCACCAACUUGAAUAGGAACCUGUCCAGUAUUUCCCCCAAAUACUUGUUUGAACCUGGAUAUGAUUUUCUGGAUUUGAGUUUCUUAGAAUAUUGCACCCCUUCACCAAUUAAUUCACAUAUUUUCCAGCCUUUUAAAUAUUUGAACAUACAAGGAUUAUACUUUCUUGAUGGGUUUAUUGCCAAUGUCGCAAAAAAGUUUUCCAUUGGACACGAGUCAUCGAACUAUAUAUUGAAAACAUUUUAUCAAUUAAGUGAGGAACACGAAGCAGUCUCGUAUGCGUUGGCAGCUUGGGGUGGUGUAUUUAUUGAAGGAGGGUUUACGGAAAAUGUAAAUCAUUUUCUUGGAGAAGCCAUUCUUAAGAUGUCUCAGGAAUAUCCCAAUUUGAACAAUAUAGCAAAAAAAGACGUUUAUAUUUUACUCAACUAUUAUUUGGUUUAUGUUGGAUUGCAAGUUUGUGCUGGUGAUGUUUCCCAAUGGCAUCAAAUAUUCCAUAGAACAAUUGACUUGGUAAAAAAGCAAGGAGGUUUAAGCAGUAUUAUCGAAAUGUUUGAUUGUUCAAAUGAGAUCAAAUGGCUUCUUUCUGAUAUUCAAUACCAUGACAUAUUGUCCCUGAAUACUUUUCAUAAAGGUACUUUGUUGCCCAUGGAAGAGUAUAAUUCAGUUUUCAAAGAAGCAAAAAUCUUGGAGUUGGGAAAUUAUGGACUAGAUCCGUUUCAAGGAUGUAUACAGCCAAUCUAUUUAGUGCUAGGUGAAAUUACUUCACAGGCAGUAGAAUUGAGACAUUGGCAAACUCAAAUUGAAUACAAAGGUGAUAUGACACUGCGGUUGGAGUUUUAUCACAAAGCCGACAAAUGUUAUAGAGAUAUGAGUUGCAAAAUUAGCGACUGCAUACCCAAUAUGGAACAAAUGAAGUUAAUCAAGGACGAUAGAUACGAACUAGAAUUGCAUUUAACGUUAUUUGAAAUUUAUCUGCUUACAUGUCAAUUAUGCCUAAACUAUCUUAUUAAGAAAUUACCUGCCAAUACAUUAGAUAUGCAGUUGUUGCUAUUGAACUGUUUAGCUCUGAUUGAUAUUUUGAUUGGUACAAAAAUGAAAAGUGCUUUAUCGUUUCUGUUAUUGGUGUGUGGAAUUACCUGUUGUUCAAAAAGUGACAGAUCUAACAUGUUGCAAAGAUUUGAAACUGUCAGUAAUGACUACAAGGCAGGUAAUGUAAAACUAAUAAAAAAUAUUGUUGAAAAAGUUUGGGAAAGAAAUCAAGAAGGUCAAUUUUGUAUCGAUUGGUUGACUAUUUGUCAAGAAAACAAUUGGAACAUCUCCUUUUGUUAA